CAGUGGGUAUGUUUUCUAGAAAAAAAAAUUUUAUAAAGAAUUAAUUGAUUUCGAUCUAUGGGAGAAGACAGUUCGAGGCGCCUCCCGCGUUGGUGGUUUGGAGGGGUUUGCGCGGCAAUCGCUGUGACCGCCACAAAUCCGCUGGAUCUCAUCAAGGUGCAAUUGCAGACCCAAACGCAAACGGACAAGAAGUCCGUGGGGGAGAUCAUUAGGACCAUAUACCAGCGGAGCGGCUUGUUGGGCUUUUAUAAUGGCAUUUCAGCAUCCUGGUUUCGGCAGCUGACCUACACCACCACCCGGUUCGCCUUGUACGAGGCCGGAAAGGAAUACGUCGACACCAAAAACGUAAGCGCCAAGAUGGCACUGGCCACCUUUGCGGGGCUCGUCGGUGGGGUUGUGGGCGUGCCCGGGGACGUGGUCACAGUGCGACUCCAGAACGACAUCAAAUUGCCGGAGGACAAGCGACGUAACUACAAGCACGUUUUUGACGGCCUUUUUCGCAUCUACAAAGAGGAAGGCGUGUCCAGUCUCUUUCGCGGCACAUUCCCAGCCGUUUCCAGGGCAAUCCUGCUGACCAUCGGAACGAAUGCGGCUUACGACCAGGUGAAAGGCAUGCUCAAGUCCGCAACCGGAGCAGCCGAAGGAGUACCACUGCACUUUGCCACCUCCUCGAUAGCUGGAUGCAUUGCCGUGGUGAUAACGCAACCGCUCGAUGUCAUCAAGACCACCUUUAUGAACGCUAAGCCGGGGGAGUUCUCCGGGAUCGGAGGUGCCUCUCUCAGUAUAGCCAGGCAGGGUCCCUUGGCAUUCUACAAGGGAUUUAUUCCGGCCCUGAUACGUGUUAGUCCCAAUACGGUCAUCACCUUCGUUUUGUACGAACAGGCACGAAUGCGAUUUGGAUAUUUGCCACCUGACAAGAAGUGAUGGCCCCAAAAUCGUAUCCAUUUGGAAUAUCUACUUAAAUUAUAUUUUAUACUCAUGAUUAAGGAAUAAAUAAUCUUUCGUACAGGA